UGUAGCUUGCUUAAUUUAUAUGAAUAAAUUUUUAUUAAAGAAUGUUAGAUACUUAAAUUGGUUUAUGAUGGGAAGUAGUUUGUUUUUCCUUUCUCCCCACAUUUGCAGCUGGUACGAAAUUUUGCAGCGCUGUAUAAAUACGAUGGCAGCCACUAAAGCUCUACGCACUCUUCUACAAGAAUUACGGUUUGCCAAUCCGUGUGCUUGUAUUAAAGAUUCACUGGCUGCACAUUAUAUUUUAGCUCAAUAUAAAAAAUUUUGUACGACUGAUCAGCAAUUAUGCAAAGCACGUGAUGAAGCCUUAUUCUUGGGUCAAACUUACCUCACUUAUUUGUCCAGCGUUAGAAAAUAUAAUGAGUUGCAUAAAGAGUACCGCGGAAGAGGCGAACGUAGUGUAAAGGAGACUGCUGACAUGGUUGGUUUCAAAUUGCCCACAGAUCCCGAAUGAAAUAUCCGAGUGUUAAUAAGAAAAAUGGUUGCACAUACUUAAGGUCGUUAUAAUAAAAAUAGCUUUCAGCAAAUGUGUAGCAUUUUUUCAAUAACUCUUGAUUAAAUAACAUAUAAUUUUAGAAUAUAUUCAUCCGCAGAGUUAGUACAUUAUGACAAUCCAACAGAGUGCACAUGACAAUUGACGCUUCCAUUGAUUAGAGCAAAGUGUAUAUUAAUUUUUGCUACGUAUGUGGUGAGGGUAAGAAAUGUGAAUCGAUAUAUAUACAUAUUUCAUAAAGUAGUUGUUUAAAAUAUAUUUAUAUAUUAGAGUGCUUAAAGUCUCUAUUAUUCCUUUUGUAACAUAAGGAAGAAAUUGACUGGCGAAAACGUGCAACGGCUUGCAAAUUAAAGCAUUAUCGCUAUUCUUCAUUUUUCAGUAGAAUUAUGUUGUGCAAAUGUAACAACAUCAAAGUAUUGAUUACAUAUCCAACGAUCAUUCAUAGAAACCGUGGUCUCUUAAUGUACAUGUUAAAUGUAAAAGAAAAUCAUUCGAAGCAUUAUAAAUUAACAAUUAAUUUAAAUAUGACGUCAGCAAAUGCGCUUACUAAAUAGUGAUGACAUUUAUUUUUUAUACGAUAGAUUUCAUAUCAUUUAAUAAAGCCUGCGACUCUAAUAGAAUUUGUUAACUUAACCACGAAUGCUUAUCCCUUUAAUUGUCAUUGUAUUAGUAGUUUAGAGAAAUAAACUCUGGGACUAAGGUCUUAAACACUAGCACCGAACGCUCUCGGUUUUAUUGAAAACCCUCCUACAUUGGAGCUGUUAGUCGACAUCCUUUGCCUAUUCGGCCACUAAGGCAGAUAUCCGCUUAACUAGGCGUGCGACUUAUACUCAAAUUUUUAUUUACAUUUACAAUAGGGUUCUUUCAUAUUUUUUUUGCUUCGAAAAAGUCUGGAUUAUUGGAAGCUUCACUUUAUAAAACAAAUUGCUAACCCUCAUGUUUUUCUAAUAACUGAAUGUUGUUGUUGCGCUUUGCCGAUUUUUUAUCUUUUCCCGACGAUUGACUGAACGACUACACGUGACACAAUAUAAAUAAUUUUUUUAUAAAACAAGUUUGUUCAGUUAUGAAAUUCACGAAAGAGAAAAUGCUUGUGAGAGUCUUGCAACGCCUUGGUGUCUCAAAAUAUACGGGCGAGUGUUUGAACUUCUCUGACAUUACGUUCUUAAUUUUUGUAUGGUUGUGGUGGUUAUAUGCUAUUUACCAUGUUGUUAUUCCCUUAGAGUCCGAAAUAUUUAUAACUCGGUGCUCUUCGU